AUGACUUCCGAGGCUCCUGAGUCCACCUCACCAAUCACUAUCACCGAGACCGAACACGCGGUCAGAAUCUCGGCAAGUGUUCCAACAACGACGGAUCGUGCGGCCGAGUUCAAGGAAGAGCAAGCAGUAGUGGAGGGUCUGAUGGCUAAGCAGGCCUACAGGAUAGAGACAUCCUUUAUGGCCGCAGUGGACAGAUUCUCCUUAGAGCUACGGACGCUCUUUCAGGAGAGGAUACCGGUAACGUCGUCCGCGAUGCCUCCUAGAGCCGGACAAAGAAGCCAAGAGUGCGAGAGGUUUGAGCCCUACGGCGAAAGCAGCAGCCUCGGCGCCUCUGGCCGCACCCAAGCGUCAGGCUACGGCCAGCAUUCUCAACCGCCAACAAAUAGCUGGGGGCAAUCCCAGCCAACAUGGGUAUAUCCCGGACCGACCUGCCCAGCAAAAACGGCGUAUGGCCCACUCCAUCCUUUGGCCGUAUCAUUGGGGCAAAGUAGCCCCACGCAUUUUGCGGUCCAGCAACUUGGCCCAGUUCACACCGUGGCCGUCCAGACCCAUCCUGGCCCAGUUCACACUGUGGCCGUCCAGUCAAAGCAAUCCGACCGUUUCACCAUUACAAGCGUCGUUAUUUCCGUCAGGCUCCCACCUUCAGUAUGGUCCGGCCAUUCCAACAGCAACACAUACGCACCCUGGUCAAACCUACGACUCUUAUCUAAUGCCGCCUAG